GCGCGUAAAAAUACGUGUCCGACAAUCAAGACCGUUAAUCCAAUUGCAUUUGAUCCCUCAAUUUUCGUAAAAAAAAUUUUAUUUGAUUGUAAUAUGCGGUGCUCAAUCCCAUUGGUUACAGCUGCUUACCAAACUGCCCGACGUGUCUUCCUCAGAAAGAAGCCGUAGCUGGACGACACACCAGCAAAAUGCCACGUGUCACGUUGCUGUAAAGCGGGAUAUAUUCUGCGGCCGUCACACAGCUCAACGUAUAUAAGUUCUCCAUAUCUUCCUGGAAAUAGACACGUGCUUCGCAUCUAAACCUUUACUAUCAAACCUCCUAUCAAAUCGUUAAAAACACGCCGCUUGUUCCAAUCGAAACAUCCCACGAGGGCUACAAAAUUUUAUUCAAUGGAGUAAUUUCCGGUGUCAUUGUCGUAGGGGCCCUGCUUUUCGCGAAAGGCCACCACUGACGACGCAACCACGCGUCCUCCCAGAAGCUCCAGGCGUUCGGUGAUACAAACAGCUUUCCAAAACCAACGGUCUUGAUGCAUUUUAGCGGGCGGAGACUACGACGUGGAACUGCUUGUCGGGCUUGUUCGCUGCCCGUGACGGUGACGGGCAGAUGCCCGUUCUAUCUCUGGAUGAAAAAAAAGUUGAGCAGCAAAAUGUUUAACUCAUGUAUUCGGUGGCCGAUGAACGGCGGAAAUAAUUUUGUUUCCUCUCUUUCUCUCUCGAUUUCGAACCCGAUCCCUUACCAGAUUUUGAUCGGGUAAUGGCGGAGAUAUGCUGCGGAGUAGUUAGCCGAGGCGAGCCAGCUGUAGCGGUGACUGUAACGGAUAGCCGGGAGACGGUUUCUCGCACUGCAAGGAGGCGGAGGAUAGAAUUUGAGCGAUUUAAGUUUGUCGCAGGUGUUGAUUCACUGGCACAAUCCUCAGAAGGUAAUCGGAAAAGGCAGAAGAUGGAAUUAACUACGCCGAUCAAGGAGGUAGCAUCUAAAACUCAGGAGGAUGAAUCCUGCUGCGUUCUCGACAGCCGGGCUUAUUCUGGAACCGAGGCCGGUGAAGUAGCUAUUUGUCCCAGUUUUGAAUCCGUAGACGAGGCCCGAUCUGCAUCGACAGAGGCUGCUGUGGCUCUAUUGAACGAGUGUCCCACGUACGGUGUGAUGUCGGUUUGUGGACGGCGUAGGGACAUGGAGGAUACCCUCUCCGUCCACCCUGAUCUUCUCCAACGUUUCGACAGGAUUCCUGAAAGAUAUCAUUUUUUUGGUGUUUAUGAUGGUCACGGAUGUUCUCAUGUUGCCGUUUCUUGCAAGGAGAGGAUGCACAAAAUCGUAGCGGAAGAGUUGGAUCGGCUCGAGUCGAAUCCUUCUACAAGUCUCGACUGGCAGAGUCUCAUGGAGACGAGCUUCUUUAGCAUGGACGCGGAAGCGGCUACGAGGCGCCGUGGGCCUGAGAUACCCGCCUGCCGAUGUGAGUUCCAGACUCCCAAAUGCGAUCACGUUGGCUCCACUGCUGUAGUUGCCGUAGUCUCUGGUGAGCACAUCAUUGUCGCUAACUGUGGCGACUCUCGUGCCGUUCUCUGCCGCAACGGUUCUCCUGUCUCCCUCUCUGACGAUCACAAGCCCGAUCGUCCAGAUGAGCUCCGACGAAUAGAGGAUGCUGGCGGCCGCGUGAUCUACUGGGACGGCGCGAGGGUUCUCGGUGUACUCGCCAUGUCUCGAGCAAUAGGGGAUAACUAUCUAAAGCCUUUCGUGAUAUCGAAGCCGGAGGUGACAGUGACGACGAGGGGAGAAGGGGACGACUGCCUGAUCUUGGCGAGCGACGGGCUUUGGGACGUGGUGACUAACGAGACAGCAUGCCAGAUCGUAAGAAUGGUGUUGCGAGGCAGCGGACUGCCUGUGGGUGACCCGAGCCGUCCUAGCUCCGAUAAGGCGUGCGCGGAUGCGGCGAUGCUGCUCACGAAGCUGGCGCUUGCGCGUCAAAGUGCCGACAACGUAAGCGUUGUGGUGGUGGAUCUCAGGAGGCAAUUUUGAGACAGAGGAUGAGUGAAUUUUAUGUUAAGGGAAAGAAAAUUCUGGCAAAUUUAGGAGUAAAUUCGCCAUUUUCAUUGUAUUUUUUUUCCCAAUUUGUAUGGGUAGGAUAUAUCAUUGUAAAAGUUGAUAUUGACGAAAGUCCGUGGAUGGCAGACCAAAAGAUGAAGCAGAAACAGUUUCACUUGUUCAUGCAGUGGAUGCUAUUAUAUGUUGAUGACUAGAACAGGUUACUGGGAUGGAAUAUGGUUUCUUUCUUUGAAUCUUUUUAGCUGUAGCUUGACGGCAUUUCGAGAUGAUAGUUAUGGCGCGAUUACGAGCAAUUGAAAACUUAGGACAUGAGGCUGACGAGAGAACGGAGUUGCCGAGUUACAUGGGAGAACGGUC